AUGCGAGAUGAUAUUAUGAGUACAAGAAAAGGCUUGAUUGAAAAGAAGCAUACCGACAAGCUGUCAUUACAUCAAAGAAUGCCAGCAUCGAAUAUUGGGCUUGGAUCUAUGAAGGGACUAGAAGAUAGCAUAGCUUACGAAGAAACAGAGUAUCCUACUGUAUUGUCCAAUAAAGCUAUGUCUAAAAAUCAGCAUAGAACAGAUGAGGAAGAAUGUGACGGGUCUAAAUCAAUGUGCCAUAAGCCUAAAAAUCUUCUACACUAUAAAAGUGAAAUGAAAGUGGAGGCAAAUCCAUUGAGAAGACCAGGAAUUGCAGGAAAGAGGAUGGACGAGAUUGAAAGCGAUUCUAAUGUUCUUGAUUCCAAGUUCCUUGACAUUAAAGUAAAUACGAUAGAUCGAAACAAACAAACAUUUGUACUGAAGAACGACGGGAAUCUGUGCGUAACGUAUUUUGAAAAGUCCUUUAUUCUGGCUGAAUGUAGGCAAAGUAAAAGACAGGUAUUUAAGCUUGUUGAGGUUGAAGAAGUAAUGAAUAGGCUAAAUCCAAAGGGACGUCCUAUGGAAGAAGAUACAAUAGAAGGAGAAAAGGAGGAAAGCUCAAGUGAGGAAAAUGAAGAAAACAAAUUUGAUAGAGAGAAUAGUAAAUCUAAGUUUAAACGAGAAAAUAGUAAGCCAGACAAAAAAGAUAAGAAAAAGAAGCGCCCAAGCAAGUCUGAAGAAGAUCUGACAGAAUCCGUUGAAUAUGCAGAGAAGAUAGAACGAGUAUUCCCAGAAAAUCUAAGAGAAGUGCAUUUAAAAGACAUCAAUUCAUUGUACAAUCCCCAAAAUCAAAUGAAGGCUAAUAUGGAACAUCAGUGUAGAGAUUUAUUAAAUAGAAACUUGGGAAGACUUGACGUGUUGCCUGAGGAAUGUAAAAGACUGUUGGAAACCCCAGCAAAUCCAAUGAUGGCUAGAACCACACUGCCCAGAGGUGGUAUUUCAGGAUUUUCAAUGGUUAAAACCAAUUACGUGCCAGCAAGGAAAAGAUCACAAAAUGAUGUGCAAAAGGAAAAGGCCUCCAUCUAUGAAGUUAACAGGACAAACAACAUUUUAACCAGGCUAGAAAAGGCACUCAGAACAUAA